AUGUCCGCACAAUAUCAAAAGGCGCUGAAGGAGAUUUUCAUUGCCAACAACUGGGCCACAGCGAAUAUCGACGAAGAAAUCGAGCGUUGCGAUCGGGAUCCGCCCCAGACAGCUCCAAUUCCGAUACCUCUUCGACGCCAUCUCUCGCUUCGACGGAGAAAAGCGAACUGGUAUUGCCAGAAAAAAGCCACCAUCCAAGCCGUGGAAGACUUCAAAGUUGCUGAUGAUCUGACCCGACGUCUGGAACAGAGGAUUAGAGAAUAUCGAGCUGUUCUGUUCCACGCCCGAGAGGUCAUUGAUUCUAUGGAGGAAGAAGUCAGAGAAAGGGAGCAAAAUGUGCUUUUAAGCGAGGAAAUUAAGAAAAUAUUGGACAUGGAGGAGGGCUAUGGAGGAGGAGGAGGCUUUAUGUUAAGAGGAAGAUCUUUGCUUUCUGCCACGACAUUCCGCAGAGAACUCGCACGCCCGCUGGUUACUGUAAAUCCUUCAAGACUCUUCAGCUACAGGCAACCACGUCAAGCACAACAAUCUCAAGCCCAACAACAUCACCGCCUGUUCUCCAAAAUGGCAAGCACGCCCAGUUCUGCCACCCAAAAGCGUCUCAAUCACCUCAUCAACUCAUCCAUCCUCAGCUUGUUUGAUGAGCCAAUCAAAGCAAUAGAGCGAGAAAUCCAACCACCUCCCAAACUCUUCAUCGGUAAUAAGCAACUCUCCUUCGUCGCAGACGCCCGCGAGGCUGAAGUUAAAGAACGAAAGAAGGCAGCCGAAGAAGAACGCGCACGGGAAUUGAAUGAUGGUACGACCGCUUGUGAAAAUGAUGAGACUGUCCAAAAGGCCCAGGUGGAGGAGGAAAAGCUUGGUCCGCAAGAAAUCUCGGACACGCUAGGUCGAUUAGGUCCCACCAUCGAGCGUGUCACUGAGACUCUCCGUGCCUCAAUCGGCCCAGAGGUUCAUAUCUUGGCUCAAAUGAAGAUGGGGGAUUCAGAUUUUGUUAUGCGCCAAAUUUUCAACGGUACAAGCGAGCAAUAG